UCUCACCUCUCUCUGCGCGCAGAUAGAUUUAUAGAGAGAGAAGCCAGCGUGCCUAGAGAGGAAAAAAGCAAGCGGAGGACGACGAAGAAGAACAAGACAAAGACAUUACAGGCCAUCGUUGUCUGUUCAUUCUCUCAAUCACUUCUCUUCAAUCGUAUAUGUAUUCUUCUUCUUUUUGCCUAAACCAACUUCCAAUCCUCACCAGAUUCAUUCCCAAAAUCUUCUUCGGGGCUUUGAGCCCCGGAAACAAACAAGUAUCUUUGACUAAACCAAAGCUUCUUAUUGUCUAUUAUUUGUUGGGUUCUCGUCGGGUUAAACUUUCCCGGGAAAAUGUACUCAGCGAUUCAUUCACUUCCAUUAGACAUCGUUGUUCAUGGAGGUUACCAGGGUUCGCUUGAUGGAACUAAUUUACAAGGAGACCCUUGUUUGGUAUUGACAACGGAUCCAAAACCUCGUCUUCGGUGGACGGCUGAGCUCCAUGAGAGAUUCAUUGAUGCUGUCACUCAGCUCGGCGGACCCGACAAAGCAACGCCAAAAACCAUUAUGAGAACAAUGGGAGUCAAAGGUCUCACUCUUUAUCACUUGAAGUCACAUCUUCAGAAAUAUCGGUUGGGAAAGCAAGUCUGCAAGGAUUUGCCAGACAACUCCAAAGAUGCAUCUUGCGCAGCAGAGAGUGUAGACAACACAGGUUCAUGCACACCAACUUCAUCGAAAAUUGCUCAAGAGUUAAACGAAGGGCACCAGGUUACUGAAGCUUUGAGAGUACAAAUGGAAAUCCAGCGUAGACUCCAUGAGCAACUUGAGGUUCAACGACACCUCCAACUUCGGAUCGAAGCACAGGGAAAAUAUUUGCAGUCGAUUCUUGAGAAAGCUUGCAAAGCUAUAACAGAGUCUUCGUCGUGCGCCAGUAUUGAAGCUGCCCAAGAAGAACUCUCCGGAUUAGCCAUCAAGGUUUCAAAUAACUACUGUAAUGACAUGUUCCCAUCUGACCUCAAAAGAAUGGUUUCACCUUCAGAACUGACUGCAGCUCUAGAAAGCAAGAAAAAUGUUCCAAACAUUCCUGUCCGCUUCAGCGACUGUUCAGUUGAAAGCUCCAUAACCUCAAACGACAGUCUCCUUUCACCAAUGGGGGCUGCCACCACAGUCUCAGUGAAGAAGAGAAUGAGGCCCGUGUUUGGGGAGGGUGAAAUGCAGAUGGGAUGGCUGAUGAGUAACACUGGCUGAGAAAACCAACCCUUUCGGAGCCUUGUUGUUUUCUUUUCUUUCCAAAAUUACCAGAAAGUUACCAAACUGCUGUUUAAGUUGGUUUUGUAUAUUACAUAAGUAAAUGGAUUAGUGAUUCAGCUUAUUUGCCUCUCAA